AUGAGGGCAAGUUCGGCUACAAAGAGCUAAAAAGAUUUAAAAACCUUAGAAGAAGAAUACAUUCAUUAAUCUAAGAAGUCUAAUCUUUUAGAAAAUGACAGAAAAAUCUUCCAUAAAAAUGCUGAAGAAACUAAAAACAAUAACAUGUAAAUCAUAGAAAGCUUAAAAAAAGAAAACAAGUAAUUAAAGACCUUAAGAGAUGAAUUGAUAGCAAACAAAAGAGCUUCCACUCCAGGAAUGUCCAAAACUCAAGGCAGCUUAGUCUCUUGGUCUGGAGAUAUAAAAGAUGAAAAUUACUGGAGAAGAAAGUUUGAUGAAGCAAGACACGCUACAAAAAAUAAAAAGAGUUAGCUUUUGCAACUUUAAGAUAAACUUAAUGAAGUCUCAGAUGCAAAAUUUGGUGCUGUUGAAGAGUCACCUUUGAUGCGUUAAAUUAGAAUUUUAGAAAAUAGAUUAGAUAAAGUUAUGAUUAAGUUUAAUGAAGCUCAAUCUAUCCGUAAAACUUAUGAAUAAAUUGUCAAACGUUUAAAAGAAGAAAGAGUUGGUUAUGAUAAUUAAUUGGCAGCUAUUGAAAGAUCAUUAAAAGGAAAAGAGCAUGAUUUUGAAGAACUACUUCUUCUUGCUCACGAUGCUACUCACGCUAAAGAACUAGCAGCUGCUGAGCUUAAAAAAUACGAGCAUAAAAAAGCUGCUGUCAGAGAGCUUAGAAAGACAUAUAUUGCUGAAAAGAGAAAAGCCAUAGAAUAAAGAGAAGCAGUCAUUUCAAGAAUGGAAAAGAAAGAUAAAGACAAUGAUGACAGAAAUCUCGAAAAAUCUUAAGCAAACAAUUUAAAUGAAUUAAACAACCCAUAAAUUGAACCUUAAAAUCAUUAAGAUGCUACAUUUUAGAGACAAAAACUAAAUGAUUAUGAUGAAGCUUUCAGAAAAUUAUAUGAAGCUACAGGUGUUACAGAUGUUAAUGAGAUUAUUUAAAAAUUUACAACUUAAGAUGAAACUUCUAAAUCUCUUAAGGAUUUACAGAGGGAGUAUUAAGAUACAAUUGACGAUAAAAAAAAGUAAAGGGAUGAUUUAAAAGCAGGUUUAAAUGCAUUAAAAUAUGAAGGCAAUGAAAACCCAAAUAGAAAAUAAUUAGAUGAAAUUGAAAAAAAUGUAAAUAAUGCUGUUAAUAAAUGUGAUAAAGCCAAAUUAAAGUAUGAAAGAGUUUCUAAAAUAUUGGUUGAUGUUAAAGCAGGUAUUGAGCAUUUGUAUGAAAAGUUGGAGUUUUAUAAACUUGAAGGUAAACCUAACAUUGUGAUUACUGAUGAGACUUUAGUUGAAGGUUUAUCAUAAAUUGUUGAAAAAAUGAAAUUGAUAUUCUAACCUGUUAAGAAUGAUCCUUCUUACAACCCUGAGGACUUCAAGCAAACUGCUAAGGGUGUAUCUAAUUACAUCAACUUAAAUUUACGUGACAAAAGUGGAAGAAUAGAAAGCAUAAGUAAAAAUAUAAGAGUAAAAUUACCAGAAAAAGACGAAGAAGAAGUAUCUAACGAUGAAAUAGAAGACGAUAUUGAUAUCGAAACUACUACAAAACUCAAACAAAAAUAUUAAGCCCAAGCUAAAUAAGAAAAAGCUGCAAGAAAUAAAUAAAAGAAACAACUUGGUUCUACUUAACAAGGAAGAAAAGUUUGA